AUGGAAGCUCGGAUUUCAUCUCCUACUACUGACGCGGCAGCACAGCAUGAAACUUCAGACUCCUUCGCAUGGAGGCUAUGUGGCGACUGUGAUGACGAGAAGCGAAUCGAGAUUAAAGAAGAUGCACUCGAGUUCGGACUCUCUAAAUGCGAGCAUUUGAUCAACAAGUUCGAGCAGUUUCUUAGUGACGCUCGCCUGAAUGACGAAUCUACUUCAAAUCUUCUAGGACGUGAAUCGCUUCGCAAGUGGAUUGAAGACUGCAGAGAUCUCACAAAGCUUCACAAAAAAUUCGAAGUACUCGUCGGCGUUGCCGGUUCCACUGGUAGUGGGAAAACGUCAGCACUCAAUGCCCUUCUCGGGUUCAAUGAGCUCCUACCAACAAAUAAUCAAGAGGCAUCAACUGCCGUGGUCUGCAAAGUAUCUUAUAAUGACAGUGAUAAAUCUAGCAUGAAGUUCAGAGCUUGUGUCACUUUUCGCACGAAGGCAAACUUGGUGAGGCAACUGGACACAUUCUUCGAGGAUCUAAAGGGCAGGGAUGAGCUACGAGCGGCAGACGGGGAUUCUCUAGAGGAUCAAGAAGCUCUUCGAAACACGAACGCACGUCUGAAGCCGACUUUUGAGAUGAUCAGAACAAUCUUCGGCAUCGAGGAGUGCGAUGUGGCUGGGAUGACGACCCAGACUCUCCUUGAGCAGAAUGAGAGUGUCACUAAACUGCUUGGAACAACUAAAAAAUUCCACGCUGGCCAUGAAGACCAGUUAGCAGAGCAGAUAAAACCUUAUACGGACUCAACUACAGCUCAACAUACUACCUCAGGAUUGAAAUUUGCAGCUUGGCCCCUCAUUGAUGAAGUAGAAUUAUACAUCAAGUCGGAUAUUCUCAAAAAUGGUGUUGUCCUUGUCGAUCUGCCUGGCAUCGCCGACGCCGUAGAGAGUCGGGCUGACGUCGCCAGGAACUACUUUCCCAAGCUAGCCGCUACUCUCAUCAUUUCUCCCGCCCGCAGAGCAGCAGACGAAUCUGCCGCAGUGAAGUUGAUGUCAGAUCAUCAAGAACUACAAAUUCAAAUGAAUGGCAAAUUCCAUAAGAACAGCUUCUGCGUCGUAGUCUCGCAGACGGACCAUAUUGACCGUAGGUCAGCCGUUAAAAAUCGAGAGGAUAAGUCAAACUCUAAGCUGAAAGACCUUCUCGAGGAAGAGAGUAAACUGAAAGAAGCCACCAAGCAGCUUCAACAACUUCGCGUUGCCGAGAAAACUGCAGCACCAAAAAAAAUCCCAAGAUAUUUCUCGCACAGUCGGAUAAAACGUCAACGAAGAGAUCGCGACAACCUCAAGGAUGAUAUUGAUAAAUUGGAAAAGGAGUUAGAGCAUUUGGACGGUCACAUCACUUUCCUCUGCGUCCAGAGCAGAAACAAAUUCCUCGAGGGUCGCAUACAACGUGAUUUCCAAAGGCGACAGACAGAACUUACUCACAGCGGACAAAACAAGCCCAGAGAUAUAUAUGAUGGUAGAGUCUCCGUUUAUCCGACCAAAGACAAGCCCCUGACUGGCUUUCCGGAUCAGCGAUAUUCAGGCAUUCCAAGUCUCCACCAAUGGAUCAGAAAGGCCACCAUCGAUGAGCGAGAGAGCCACGCUAAUAGUAUCCUUUACGAUCUGCUCAAUCACUACAACGUGAUUCAAAUCUGGGCGAGGGAGGAAUGGGGUCACGAUCGACUUCAAAUCAACAGGGAAUGGCUGGAAAAUGAUGUAUUUCCAAUCUUCUACGCCGACUUGAGAAAGGAUCUGAAUGCAUAUUGGACGGAACUCAAUAAAUCCGCAGGAAGAUAUAAUCCGCUUCGCGACAGAACGCAAUCACUCAAUAACUGCGCGGGACAAUGUCGUAAGGUUGUAAAAGGCUGGUCAUUCAAGAAUGAUACUACGGCGGCCAAGAUACAUUGGCUCACAUACCAGGUUAAUAUCAGCCGGCAUGGGGGUAGCUUUGAGAGCAUAUCUGGGACUUAUCACUGGAUGGAGGAUAUCUCAGUUGUUUUACUUCGGACAAUUGUAGCCGACUGGGAUCAAGCUCUGAACCAUGAUAUUCCUGGACUUUAUGAACCGGCAUCUAAGUUUGUCGAUAAUAUUUGGGAGCACUUCUCAAUAAAUUUAGAACCGAGUGUUCGGAAUAUCGCUCCUAAUCUUUUACCUUUCCUUCACGAGAUCAUUCCCGAUCUUGUUAUGAUAAAGGAGCAAAUCAAAGACAGAGUACGACAGGCUCUGAUGAGUAUCUCAAGGGGCGCAUCUGAAGUUCACCCGAAUAUGGUCAAAAUAAUUCAGAAGAAAUGGGUUUCUACGUUCAAUGAAGCACUCAAGAUAAAAGGGAAGGGCUCGUUCAAGGCACGCCAGGACCUUUUAGCUAGAUUUGCGGAGAAGAGUGGCAUUAAGAUGUUCAACGCCGCUUUCGAGGAUAUGAAGAAUAAACCCAAGGAAAACUUUAAUCGAUUUCCGGGGGAUCUUCAGGACAUAUCGGAAUUUGCAAUUCGGUUGGUACAGAAUCGCAUACAAGUCCUCUUGAAUAACAUUGCCAUACCAGACGCAAAGAUAGAGGAGGCAUUCAAAGAGAAAGUUGAGCUGCAGCAGUAUGUGCGCAGUACGCUCAUGGACUGGGAUCUUAAAUGGAAGCUUCACGGAACAUUCCACAAGGUCCGCAUGAUUGAAGAGGAAGUGUUAAUUCCUGAUGAAUACCUCGUAGAAGAGACGAAGAUGACGAAGACGGUGAUGAGAUGGAUAUUGAUGAUGAAGAUAAGGACACUCGCGGGAUUUUCAAUAUUGACGACUUACUUUGAAUAG